AUGGCUGGGAUAAAAGCACUUGUUGGAUUGUCGUUCAGCGGUGCCAUUGGAUUGACGUUUCUCCUCUUGGGAUGUGGACUGGAGCAAUACGGCGUAUACUGGCCUCUAUUUGUCCUGAUUUUUUAUGUCCUGAGUCCCAUUCCGACAUUCAUCGCCAGACGUGUUAGUGAUGAUGACUCCACCAGCAAUGCUUGCAGAGAGCUGGCCUAUUUCCUCACCACUGGCAUUGUUGUGUCAGCUUUUGGACUACCGAUUGUACUUGCCCGCACCACUACUAUUCAAUGGGGUGCUUGCGGACUUGUAAUGACUGGAAAUGCUAUUAUUUUCCUCACUAUUUUGGGAUUUUUCAUUGUGUUCGGAGGUAGCGAUGACUUCAGCUGGGAGCAGUGGUAG